AGUAUAACAUAGGGAUAAUGAUGAAUAAAGGCAAUAUUUGCACUAAAAAAUUGUAUUGCGUAGGAUGGGAUUAGGUUUUUUCCACUUCCAAGCUUUGUUUCUCUUAAGUGCUCCACUACUAAAUUUCACCCCUUUCAGAAUUUUAAGUGUCUCAGCCACCACCUUUAGGAAUUUCACAGACAGGCUUGCCCUGCUUGACUUCAAGUCCAAGAUAAUCCAUGAUCCUCAAAACAUCUUUGGUUCAUGGAACGAUUCUCUCCAUUUUUGCCGGUGGCAGGGCGUUAGGUGCGGCUGCAGACAUGAGAGAGUUACUGUCUUAAAGUUAGACUCCAGUGGCUUGGUGGGUUCUAUAUCACCUGCUUUGGGAAAUCUCAGCUUCUUAUGGGGACUUGAUCUGUCAAACAAUACCCUCCAAGGUAAAAUCCCCGAUGGACUUGGUAGACUCUUCAGGCUGCAGAUUCUUGUCUUAAGCAAUAAUUCUUUUGUUGGGGAGAUACCUGGCAACCUGUCACACUGCUCUAAGCUCGACUAUCUUGGUUUGGCUUCAAAUAACCUUGUGGGAAAAAUUCCUGCAGAGCUUGUGUCUUUGUCGAAGUUAGAGAAACUCGUUAUUCACAAGAACAAUUUGUCAGGAGCAAUACCUCCUUUCAUUGGGAACCUUACCUCUCUUAACAGCAUAUCAGCAGCUGCUAAUAAUUUUCAAGGAAGGAUUCCAGACACCUUGGGUCAACUAAAGAACUUGGAAUCUCUUGGACUCGGUACAAAUUUUCUUUCAGGUACCAUCCCACUACCCUUGUAUAAUUUGUCUACCCUCAGCAUUUUGUCCUUGUCUGAAAAUCAACUUCAAGGAUAUCUUCCAUCAGAUAUAGGCCUCUCUUUGCCAAACCUACAAUAUAUCCAAAUUCGAGCAAACCAAUUUUCUGGAUCAAUUCCACUGUCCAUAUCCAAUUCUUCAAAUCUGCAAGUUUUGGAAGCAGGAGAUAACAGCUUCUCUGGAAAAUUGUCAGUAAAUUUUGGAGGCCUAAAGCAUCUGGCUGUAGUUUCAUUGAGCUUCAACAAGAUGGGAAGUGGGGAGCCUGGUGAAUUAAGUUUUCUCGAUUCUCUGAUCAAUUGCCCCAGUUUGUAUGCAAUUGAUCUAGUUCGUAACCAUUUUGAAGGGAUGUUGCCUAAUUCUUUAGGCAAUCUGUCAACUGGGCUCACCUUUCUAGGCUUGGGACAAAAUCAACUAUUUGGAGGCAUCCAUUCUGGGAUAGGUAAUCUUAUCAACUUAAACACCCUAGGUUUGGAAUUUAAUCAGCUUAGUGGUCCUAUACCUCUUGAGAUUGGUAAACUUAGGAUGUUGCAACGAUUUUCUCUAUCUUACAACAGGCUCUCAGGUCAUAUCCCUUCCUCCAUAGGAAACUUAACUUUGUUGCUUGAAUUUGACUUGCAAAGAAAUCAAUUGCAGGGAACCAUACCUUCAAGUAUUGGCAAUUGUCAAAAGUUGUUGCUGUUACAUCUUUCUAGAAAUAAUCUUAGUGGCAAUGCUCCUAAAGAACUUUUCGCUAUUUCAUCCCUAUCGAUUUCACUAGACCUCUCUCAAAACUAUUUUAAUGGAUCCUUACCUUCAGAAAUUGGUAGUCUGAAAAGCUUAGCGAAACUGAAUGUUUCUUAUAAUGAGUUUUCUGGGGAAAUUCCAAGUACACUUGCUAGCUGCACAAGCCUCGAAUAUCUAUACAUGCAGCACAACUUCUUUCAAGGAUCCAUUCCAUCAUCUUUUAGUACAUUAAGAGGUAUUCAAAAGCUUGAUCUGUCUCACAAUAAUCUGUCUGGCCAAAUACCAAAGUUCUUGGAUACCUUUGCCUUGUUGAAAUUGAACUUAUCGUUCAAUGAUUUCGAAGGUGAGGUUCCAACAAAAGGAGCUUUUGGAAAUGCUACUGCUAUAUUAGUUGAUGGAAAUAAGAAGCUUUGUGGAGGCAUAUCUGAACUUAAGUUGCCUAAAUGUAACUUCAAAAAGUCCAAGAAAUGGAAAAUACCUCUUUGGCUCAUAUUGCUAUUAACAAUAGCAUGUGGUUUUCUUGGGGUAGCUGUUGUGUCAUUUGUUCUGCUUUACCUGUCGAGAAGGAAAAGAAAAGAGCAAUCUUCGGAAUUGUCAUUGAAGGAACCACUGCCAAAAGUUUCUUACGAAAUGCUUCUUAAGGCAACUAAUGGGUUCUCUUCAGAUAACUUAAUUGGUGAGGGUGGCUUUGUUUCUGUGUACAGAGGAAUCCUUGAUCAAGACGAUACAGUGGUUGCAAUAAAAGUUCUAAAUCUUCAAACUCGAGGAGCUUCCAAGAGUUUCGUGGCUGAGUGCGAAGCAUUGAGAAAUGUACGCCACCGGAACCUACUAAAGAUCAUCACUUCUUGCUCAAGUGUUGAUUUUCAAGGAAAUGAAUUUAAAGCUCUAGUUUAUGAGUUUAUGCCCAAUGGAAGUCUCGAGAUGUGGUUGCAUCGAAAUUCAGAAAUAGAUAGUCAUCAGGAUGAACCUCGACGUCUGGAUCUUCUCCAGAGGAUUGACAUUGCCAUUGACGUGGCUUCUGCACUUGAUUAUCUUCAUAACCACUCCCACAUGCCCAUCAUUCAUUGUGAUCUGAAGCCAAGCAACACUCUUCUCGACAGCAACAUGACUGCCCAUGUUGGAGAUUUUGGUCUUGCAAGACUUAGUCCAGAACUCACAAACUUCAAUCAGAGCAGCUCUGUUGGAUUAAAGGGAACCAUAGGAUAUGCUCCUCCUGAGUAUGGCCUUGGAAGUCAAGUUUCAAUUUACGGAGAUAUUUACAGUUACGGGAUCUUACUGUUGGAAAUGAUCACAGCGAAGAGGCCUACUGACUACAUGUUUGAGGGAACUCUUAACCUUCAUGGAUUUGCAAGAAUGGCUUUGCCUGAACAGGUCUUGAAUAUUGUGGAUCCAUCACUUCUAUCUUCUGGGAAUGUCGAGGCUGGCAGGAUGAGCAAUAUUAGUCUGGAAAAUCCAACAAGUAGCAGCAAUGAAAUUGGAACUCUUGUGGAAUGUGUGACUCCCUUAAUCGAGAUUGGACUAUCAUGUUCCAGGGAGUUGCCUCAAGAUCGUUUAGAAAUCAGUCAUGCCAUCACUGAAUUAUGUUCCAUCAGGAAAAUUCUUCAGUGAAUGCUCUGUUUUUUGUAGAAAUAUUGUUGCACGUGAUUUACAAUGUCGCUAGUCAAUUUUCAAAGAGGGCAAUAGCAGUGUAAACCAUGAAGUACGUCCAUGUCACUAAGAGGGUCAAGCCAUAAAAGGCCACCACAGAAUAUGAACAUAAGAACAAAACCAAGACCUAGAGGAACCAGAAUCAAGUGUGCAAUCAUCCUUCAUCUCAUGCUCAAGAUUUUUCCUCC